AUGUCCUCAAUAUCCUCCCUCUGCACCGCACUGCAGACCUCCACGACGCACGUCGUAGACGGUCUGCGCAACUUCGUCACGUAUUAUCCGCAGGCGAGGCUGGACCUCGCUAGCCUGUCCCGGGAGCUCGCGGAGCUGCAGAUGGUAGCGAGGCUGCUACAUCACAACGCCCAGGCCCUGGAGUCCGGAAGCGCGCCGCUGCCGGGAAGAGCCAUCAAUUCUCAGCCUCAUGAUGGUGAGAGAGAACUUCCCGGCUAUAGCAGCUCUCAGAUCCUUCAAGAGGCAUCAACUAUCCGCUCAAGAUUCCUCCAAGAGUCAGACAGCGAAGAUCCUCGCGUUGAGAGCCAACGAUCUAUCAUCAUAGAAUUCAUCGAGGCCACUCAAGACUUUAUCUCGGAAAGCUCAUCUGCUGCUCCACCACCACCAAUUGAUGACGCCGAGAGUCGAGAUCACAGCAACAGCAGCAUCGCUCACCCAGAAACAAUUGCGUCGUCUCCCCACUCAGAGACGAAUGAGCCGCCUAUUCCGGAUUACAAUGCCAUUGGUAUAACCUCUACAACGCCCCUCCGCAUCUCACUCCGCCACCUCGCCAAGAAAGAACUCUCCAACCAUGAAGUCGUCGAAACCGCCUACGUAUCUCGCCACAACGCCCCCACUAUCGCAAUCUCAACCCUCGAGUCACCCACGCGCUUCUACGACACUCGCGCCAACCAAGUUUCCUGCUUGCAGAACCAGCACGGCGUCAACAUGAUCUUCUCGCGCAAUGGUCGUCAGUGGGCAUAUCUCAGUGAGGAAGACGGCAAGGGUCUCAAUGCGGCGAGCCAUGAUGGCAUCAAUUUCAAGAAACCGGUUGUGUAUCUUGGCGACUACAUCAAUGGACGGAAGAUCGCGGUUUGUAAGUGGCCUGGUGGAAAGCCACUUGCGUUCUCGCAGGACGGGAAUUGGCUUGCGGUGGGAAGCACGAGAGGGCGGGUUGGGCUUAUGGACUGCAGUGCGAAUCUCAACAAGGCGAGCGUCGUGAUUCCAUGCCAUAUGGAUGAGGUUACACAUGCGGUUUUCACACCAGACAGCAAGCUUCUCAUCACACAAUCCCGCGACGGCACGAUUCGCAUAACGAAUGUAGAAACCCGCGCAUCGAUCGCCAAGCUCGAGACCGAUACAUGGAAGAAGCCCGUGUUCCUCGGGACUUCGCCCGAUGGAGAAGUCAUCGUUUCGCUAUGGGGCGACACGGUGUUCCACUGGAAUUACGGCACCGCAGCCCUCGAGUCGUACAACCUCAGCGGGCGGAGAACACGCGAGGGCUGGCCCAUCGCUGUAUCGGCGGACUGUCGCUUCCUGUGCUGUAGAACAGAUGAUGGUGUUGAUAGCGGGUUUGUCACGGCGGCGUCGUUUAGUUGGGAUGGGAAAUACUUGAUUCUUGGAAAGGCGGCGUCGGGGAUGGGACUCAAGAUGGGAACUUCGACUUUGGAUGUUUGGGAAUUGGUAUUCUAG